CUGUGACAAAGGAUCUUCCAUGUUUUUCCACAGUGACUACAUAGAGGAACAGCACCGUCCCAGGACCGGCUAGGAUCACUUCGUAGUCCACGUUACCUCUUUUUCCCAGUCGGAGUUUUAUUAACGGUAUGAGGUCUCCAAAACAGGACAUGAGGGUCAGAAUUUUCUCGAGGGCGUACAUCCAACAGGAACUCCAUCUCAGAUGUCAGUCACUUGCUGCCAAUGACAACAGAGGCUUCAGGCAAGAGUUUCAGGAGCUGAAAGAUGUUGGCAAAGAGCUCACCUCCAGGAUAGGAAACCUGGAGGCCAACAGGGAAAAGAACAGGUACCCAUACAUUCUGCCAUAUGACCAUUGCCGGGUGAGAUUGUCCCUUCAGGAGUCCCGGCCAUACUCUGACUAUAUCAACGCAAGUUUUGUGCCUGGUGGGGGAUCCGAGAGAGACUUCAUUUGUACCCAGGGUCCUUUACACAACACGACGGCAGACUUCUGGAGAAUGGUGUGGGAGCAGAACGUCAGGAUAAUCGUCAUGGUGACGGCUCUGAGACACAAGGACACGGUGCUGUGUGAUCAGUACUGGCCUCUGGAACAAGGGACUGUUUGCUAUGGACUGGUCCAAGUGACCACACUGUGCCGCAAAAAAGGUCCAGAUUAUUUUAUCACCACCAUUAAUCUGAGACGGAGGGGUUGUUCACCAGAGAGGAUAGUCACGCACUACCACUACCCCACCUGGCCUGACCAGGGCGUCCCAAAGGACCGCGCCUCACUCUGCAACCUCACUGAGCAUGUGCGGCAGCAUUUGGAAGCCAUCCCACACCUGGGGCCAACUGUUGUGCACUGCAGUGCAGGUAUUGGGCGGUCAGGGGCCUUUGUAACACUGUUGUGGCUGAUGCAGCUGUGCAUGCGAGGCAUCCAGCCUGACAUCCGUGGUGCUGUGGGGGACCUGCGGCGACACAGGAUGUGGAUGGUCCAAAAUCUGGAUCAGUAUGUAUUGGUCCACUGGAGUUUGCUACACUGGCUGAGUGGAAAAGCUGGGGGUACCCCCACAAGAGGCCUGAAGAGUAAGGCGUUCGGUGUGAAUACUAGCCAGACCCAGGAUCAGCUCCAAAGCUCUUCAGGGCAUGCAGACCGAGGGAGGCACCAGCACGGGCGACAUGACCCUCCCUCAGAGCAACCGCAAAGCCCAAUGCAACAUUUGCUCCACCCUGGGAAGCUCCUUAGGAGACUGAUGUCUUCUUCAUUACAACUGAAUCAACACUCACACACCUGAACUUAAACAACGCAGUUGUUGCAGCUUGGAAUCUGGAACUAUCCCAAAGCAACAAGGAGAAUAUUGUAGCGACCGGGGGUGGCGGUUGCUCUGAUUAUCGGCGGUUCUGCGCUGAGGGAGCGCAAUGGCUGAUGGGACUGAUGUUAACGUUAGAUUUGAAAUUGUGUUUUAAUGAUGUGGUGUUCAUGUUGUAGUUAUUGUUUUGGGGGUGGACUCAGACUAAGCAGAAGACUAUACUGACUGACUGACUCCUGAUGUCGCCAGUUGUGACACCGGGAGGGAACUCGUUACGUUCUAGUCUGUUCUGGCCUGUGUGUAAAUAAAAAAGCACUCCUGAGGUCAUGCGGUGUAUGGGGUACGGGAGCUGCGAUUAAAGAGAUCUCUGCCUCUCGACCCGCCAGAGAUGGAAGUUUUCCAACCAUGGAUGUAUUACCCUGAUGGCACCAGUGCACCACGGCUCUACCUCCUCCUAGAGGACAGGAAGACCGGCACCGGGGAGCGCAUCCUUUGAUCUUUGCAACAUGCACUGUGAUUGGCUGAGAGCCUGUCACGCGUUUGACGGGCGCCAUGCUGCCUACCAACGUCUGGCUCUGUCAUCAUGAUGUUUCAAUGAUUUUUCCUGCGUUUUCAAGAAAAUACACUCCAAUACACUCCAGUUCUCAGCACAUCAUUGGCUUGUCUGGGCGCAGAGCUGUCUGGGGACGGAGGUCUCCAGACGGAGCUGCUGCAGCUGGAGUGUAUUGGCGUGUUCAGCCCAUUUCUCACCGAUUUGUAACAGUUGAAGGAGAAAUGGUGUGUUGUGCGGCUUGGGGCUGUUCCGUUCGGCCGGGACAAGGCCGUAUGAUGCAUCGAUUUCUACAGGAUGCACAAAGGAGGGCAGUUUGGACUGCGAAGAUUCGCAGGCUGGGCUGAUCCCCCUCAGCUUAUUCCUACUUGUGCUCAGUGAGUUCAUUUCAGUGUUUACGAUUUUUCGAUAAACUAACUUCCCUACAGCAAUCCGAGAGACUGUAAGGUAUUGAUGUCUGGAAAUCAGUUGUAUAGCACAUCCAAGCCAUGUAUAACCGUUGACAGAAAUCAGGCAAAAGUGAACAGUGUCAGGAUAAGAAGACUCAAGAAACUCGUCCAUCUGGAAAACACACACCUCCUUCCCAUGGUAAAAAUGUUGUCCAUCUACCUGGCUUUUUGCAUUGCAUGAUGACGUACCCGGUAGGAGGGGAAAAGGCUCUCGAGGGCAGCAUGCAGUUGAACGCUGACAAUGGAGACCAGAGAACCGGCGCUGCACGUCGUUACGAGGAAGAAAAAUGAAAAGACCCAACCUGCUGCACCGGUCCACCCUGUUUCUCCAGGCUGAACGACUUUCCACUAUAACCAUGAGGAUAACAAUCAGGCUGAUGUAUGCAAUUUAACACCAAAGUUGCAACCAAAAAUAACUGACCUGUUUUAAGAGGAAUCAACAUACCCAUUGCAUUUAGCUGCUGAAUAUUUGUGGCAAAUGAAAGCUGGAAAAAGAUAUCUAUGCUCUAAUGUAUUAAUCAGUAAACUGAUUAACACGUUUUCCUCCACGGUAGCUGCAGAAAGGAUGCACGUUAACUCUACAUGAACUUUAUACAGUGGCUUCUGAAAGUAUUCUCCCCCGUUUUG